AUGCCGCCUUCCACCAACCCCAUCGCCAUCAUCGCGGGCGCAGGCCCCGGAACAGGAGCCGCGCUGGCUCGGCGCUUCGCCCAGCGAUACCCAGUCGUUCUCCUGGCACGGUCGCAAAGCACCCUAGAUCCAUUGGUGCAAGACAUUAACCGGAGUGGCGGGUCGGCCCUAGGCAUUCCUGCCGACGUUGCCCAUACCGAUCAAUUCUCUUCUACCCUCGCCCAGAUCCGCACUCACUUUGGCUCCGAGCCACGCGUGGCGGCUGCUAUCUUUAACGUGGCUAGCAAGUUCUCGCGCAAUCCUUUUCUGGAUCAUCAGCCUGAGUUCCUGGAUAGUAUUGAGGCCACGGCAAGAGGGGCCUCCAAUUUCUCCCGGGCGGUGCUUCCGCUGCUCUUGCGGGAGGUGGAGAAGACGGAGGAAUAUUCUCCCACUUUGAUAUUUACUGGGGCUACGGCGGCCUUGAAAGGUGGAUCCGGGCUGGGCUCAUUCGCCAUGAGCAAGUUCGCCGUGAGGGCGUUGGCGCAGUCGUUGGCACGAGAAUUCGGUCCCAAAGGAGUCCAUGUGGCGCAUGCCAUUAUUGAUGGGAUUAUUGCUACUGAGAAGACCAAGGGUUAUAUGGAUGACCGACCGGAUGCGAAAAUUGAUCCUAAUGGAAUUGCUGAGGCAUACUGGUUUUUGCAUACCCAGUCGCGAUCUGCCUUUACUCAUGAAAUUGAUUUGCGACCAUACUGCGAGACGUGGUGAUGGUUAUGUGAGUUUGGAUGGGGUUGUGUUUAGCGUUUUAUUGUAUGGAAAAAGGGAACACCGUCUGUGAAUUAGGUUCAUAGAAAAAAAAAUGAUUG